AAAAUCUCUCAUUCUAAUUAAAAGGGUGAAAAAGAAAAGUAGGCACAAUCCUAGUACUUUAACUGACAUAACCUGUACAUUAACUACCGACAAAACCACCUCCUUGUUUGUCUCCUCUCACCUUUUUCCAAAAAGCUUGAGGAAAUGAAGAAGAGAGGGAAGUGACAGAGCUAGAAAGAAAUGGAGAAUACUGUAAGAAAUGUGGGAUGUGAAUGGCUUAGAUCCAAACAAGAAGAGCAUAGAAUUAUAGCUGAUUUGACUGGCUUUGAUAACUUGAAAGCCAUGUUGGGGGCAGAGGAUAACAUAAGGAGAAGGAAAGGAACACUGAAGACAAAGAAGAGGAAGAGCUACGGUUAUUUUCAGUUUCAAGCUCAAGAGGAUAUGCCUAAAAGGAAUAAGGAGCGACCAUAGUGGAAAUGACUAAAACAUUAACAGCUGUUGAUGGAUUAAAACAUGGUGAAGUGAUCGAUUUUUUUUUGCCAUUGUUAGAAGGUGAUUGGGUGAUUUCAAAUAUGAAUUCUUGCAGCAGUGCGGCAGAAAUGUUACCAGCAGAUAGUUUUAUAGGGAAGGAAACGGAGUUGAAGUUGAUAAGAGAUAGAAAAUGUAAUUAGGUUAAUGUUGCAAAAGCAAAGGGACGAGAAGCUACAAUGGUGGAAGGGGAAAAGGCAUUAACAGUUGAUUGUACAGUCAACUCUGCUGGGUUAGCGAUUUCUUGCAGCGGUACAGCAGAAAUGGUGUAGGUGGAGUGCUCUGCAACAAAGGAAACAGAGCAGAAGAGGAUAGAGAAAGAAAAUGUGGAUACAAUGGUGGAAAUGACACAAGCAUUAGCAACUACAAAUGGGGUCAACUCCUCCAUUGCGAUUGGUGUCUCUUUGUCUUCUUUGGAAGGUAAUAUUAGUUUUUGUAGGGGUGUUGCUGAAACAGUACCAGCAGAGACAUUCAUAGUGAAUGCGAUGAAGCAGAAGAGGAAGGUUGAUAGGGCAAGCAAAGAAAUGCAGGAAGAUACAGCAAAAGGCAUGGAAAGAGAACAAGUUGAGUUUACAGACAAUAUUGUGCUUCGUCAGCUUCUUCGGAGAACAAGGUACUUUGAUGGUCCUUCAUACAAUAGUUGGGAGAUGUGCUCCAAUUGUGGCCAAGAAGGUCAUAUGGUAUGCCAAUGCAAGAUGCGGAAGCGGAAAAAGAAGAAACUAUGCUUCCUUUGUGAGAGUUUGGAUCACAUUGGGAGGCGCUGUAGAAAGAAUCGAUACUGCUCUGUUUGCAAAGGAAGAGGCCACAAAGCCAGAUACUGUCCAGAAAGGGACCAAGAAAGAUCAAGUCAUGGUAUUUGCUUACAAUGCGGAAAUUCAGGGCAUGAUAUGUUUUCAUGUACAGCUGACUAUUUGCCCAGUGAUCUCAAGGAAAUUCAGUGUUAUGUUUGCAGAAGCUUUGGUCAUCUCUGCUGUGCUGACUUUCCAGAUACAGAUCCAAGAGAGUCAUGUGGAGCAACUGGCAGCACAAAAGCCUAUACUACAUGCUACAAAUGUGGAGAGGAAGACCAUUUUGCACGAAAUUGCAGUAAGCAAGGGAAGGGUGGACAGGGAAGAGAACAGGCGAGCAAUUAGCUUCUGUUUCAAGGACUUGACAGAAAAUGAGAAAGUUCAUGGAAUCUUUUAACGAGGACAUGAUAAUCUUCAUAGACACCAAAAAACAGAAAAUGAAUUGCAAGGAAAGGGUAAUUAUGACUACGGAUAAAUCAAGGUUGAGCCGUUGAGGGUAACUUGAUCAUCGCUACAGUCAAGAACUUGUUCAAUAGCGAAGCGAGGAAGAAUAAUUGGAUGCCACCUCCAAAAUCAAUCAUAAAGGCCUUCUCCGAAGCCUCAGCAUUCUCGUGAACAAUUGAAAAUCUCGGAACUUCAAUCACAAAGAUUGUCUUAGAAGAUGUUUAGGCCUGAGUUACCAUUAUGUAUCAUACAUUGGCAAAUAAUUCCUUCUUGUUCAUUGAAAUAUAAAGGUACCCUCUUCGAUUUAA